AUGGAUUUAUUUAAGAGCACCCAACUCCUUUCUGACACAGAUAUCCCAAGUAAACUUGACAGUACCUCAAUUCUUCUUUUCUACUCACUUAUGGCAUACACUUCAGACCUCGAAGAAUAUUCGAGGCUACGCCAAGUAUUCCAACUUAGCAGUGAGCAACUCAAUUACCAUCCCGGAACUUCUGCUAUGCAACCACCUGCCUCUGCGGCCGGACAGUCACCUGUACUACCUACGGAUUGGCCUCUUUACGACCUUUCUAUGGGCCACGCCUCCGCGUCUCUUGACCCCAACUGGACUAUUCAUACCACCAUGUGUCACCCUGCGGUGGACAACUUGUACCAGAGUGACAUGCAUUCUUUCUCGACCAGGCAGAAUGGAGCUACUAAGGUUGGCAUUGAAGACCAUCUUAGUCCCGGUCAAACUAUAAUCCAGACCCAGUCCUCGACAUUGAGUCCCUCCACCCACGAGCCAUCUCCACCAAACAGGCAGAACAUUGAAAUUGCUGAUAUGGAAGCAACUUCUGCUCAUGGCGAACUCCAGAAACAAGAUGAAUCGGACCUGCCUUUCAAGUGCCUCUGGGACGGCUGCAAAUCCCGCAAGACGUUACAACGCAAGACGUUCAGCAGCCAUGCAUCGUUGAUGCGCCAUAUCAAAGAACAGCAUGUCGCACAUCGCUCCGUCAGAUGCCCAGAAUGUGGUCAGAGCUUUGGCCGCCUGGAUAACAUGAAAGAACACCGGGGAAGACGCCACAGGAUGUUCGACUGA